AUGACAGGUUCAAGUGGAUUCGUAUUUGUCUUCUAUAUUUUAACUGCAUUAUAUGGAUUCAUGUUUGGUUAUCAUUUCGGUAUAUCAGGCUUUCUCGCCUUUGCAUUCUUUUUCCCACAUGGUGAAUUAACUGGUAUUGCAAACUAUGGUUGGGCGCUAAUUGUCAGCCGCGUGUUAUUUGGUUUAGGAAUUGGAUGUACUCAUCAGUCUCUAUCAAUGUAUAUAUCCGAGGUUGCUCCAUGUCAACAUAAAAGAGUUCUUAAUAUGAUGUUUCAAUUGUUAAUUACUAUUGGCAUCUUUUCUGCGAAUUUCAUCAACUACAUUGUUGCGAAAAAGGAGAAGGGAGAAGCGUGGCGUAAUAGUUUACGCUUUGAAAUUUUUCCUGCUAUUUAUCUUUUAUGCACAAUUUGUCUUCCAGAAUCACCAAAUUAUUUUAUUGAACGUGGUCUUCAUGAGGAGGCUAAGAGGGAACUUAUUGAGAUUCGAAGAACUACAUAUGUAGAGGAGGAGUUUAACAAUCUUGUGGCAGCAAAUGAAUGCUCCAGAGAAAUGAAAAACCCUUGGAUCUCUUUAUUAAAGAGACAGUACAGACCCCAACUCACAUUUGCCAUAAUCAUUCCCUUGUUUCAACAACUCACUGGCAUAAAUGUGAUUAUAUUGUAUGCUCCUAUUUUGUUCAAGACCAUUGGUUUUGGAGCCCAUGCUUCUCUCAUGUAUACCAUGAUAAUUGGAGGUUGCAACGUAAUUGCCACUCUUGUCUCCAUAUUCACCGUUAACAAGUUCGGUAGACGAACUCUUUUCUUAGAAGGAGGAAUACAAAUGUUUAUUUGCCAGGUAACCUAUUUUCUUAACACUCUUUUAGUGUUAUUUUACUAGUAUAAUGUGAUUAAAUUGUUUGUUGUUUUGAUUUGGCUUUGCGUAGAUCCUGAUAUCCGUAGCAAUUGCAUGUAAAUUCGGACUUGAUGGAAACAUAGGAAUGUUGCCAAAGUGGUAUGCUAUUGUGGUUGUGUGUGGCAUAUGUGUGUACGUGGCAGGAUUUGCAUGGUCUUGGGGUCCUCUAGGAUGGUUGGUUCCAAGUGAGAUUUUUCCAUUUGAAGUGCGUUCGGCUACACAAAGCAUCAAUGUCUUUGUGAAUAUGAUAUCCACCUUUGUCAUUGCGCAAAUUUUCACUACCAUGCUUUGUCUCAUGAAGUUUGGAUUGUUCAUUUUCUUUGCAUGUUUGCUCAUUUUGAUGAAUACAUUCAUUUACAAACUUCUACCAGAGACCAAGGACAUUUCCAUUGAAGAAAUGCAUGUUAUAUGGCAGAAUCAUCCUUAUUGGAAGAAGUUUGUUAAAUCAAUUGAUGUCACUAUUAGUGAUGA